GUGACUUUUUUCUUUCCAGAUUUCAUCUAUUUCAACUUUCAUUUUCAUUUUGACUUUAAUUCUUUGAUUGGUUGCAAAGGAAGUGCAAGAAAAAUACGAUAUGAAAAUCUGUUUGGUUGUAGAGACUGUGCACAAAAAUUAAUCUGAAAAUUUGUUUGGUUGCAGGAAAAAAGUUUUCCAACGAGGAAUAUUGUCCCCCUAUAUAUGGUAUGCUUUUCAGUUUUCCAACGAGGAAUAUUGUCCCCCUAUAUAUGGUAUGCUUUUCAGGUAAGAACUACAUCAAACUUUGAAAAACUGGAAGCAAGUUAUAGAGUCUAACCCGAUUUCCAGGGAUUUCCAGUGUAGUAGCAUGCUGUGCCAACCAUAGCCGCCUGAACAAUCACGCUAGCUCUCAUUAACAUCUGACCCAAAUGGGAAUUGCCUCACCUAAAACUGAUUAAUCCAGCAGUGAGCACCCCUGCAGUCAUAAGAGCACCUCAUCUUCAAUAAUUCCCAAAAUCUGAGGAAGGCUGAGUGAGUGAAAGAAAGAUGGAGAUGAAGUCGUUCUUGGUGGGAUUGGCGCCAUUUGCAGCGAUGGUGUUGUUGGAGUGUCUGGACGUUGGCGUGAACACUCUCAACAAAGCAGCCACGUCGAAGGGGACGAGUUCCUUUGUCUUGGUUGUUUAUGGAAAUGCUUUGGGCUCUCUCAUCCUCCUUCCCAUUGCAUUCUUCCUAUAUUGGAAAAAGAGGCCUCCAAUCAAUUUCUCUGUGCUCUGCAAAUUUUUCCUCCUCAGCUUUGUUGGGAUUACCGUAAUGCAGAACUGUAUGUCAACUGGUGUAAAAUACAGUUCCCCUACCCUUGCUUCAUCAAUACUUAACUUGAUCCCAGUUUUCACUUUCUUGCUUGCUGUUAUCUUCAGGAUGGAAAAGAUAGAUUUGAGGAGCUCAAAGAGUCAGAUCAAAAUCCUGGGCACGCUGGUAUCAAUUUCAGGUGCAAUCGUUGUAACCCUUUUCAAGGGUCCUCCAAUAGUUGGCCCAGUAGCUCAAUCCCAACCCCAACCAUCACCUUCCACCGUGUUGACAACAACAAACAGUUGGGUCAUUGGAGGCCUUUUGCUUGCUGCUGCAGGUUUAUGUAUUGCAAUAAGCAUCAUUGCACAGGCAGCAAUUCUAAAGGGGUACCCGUCAAAGAUAACGCUAGUUUUCUUCUACUCCUUCUUUGGGACCAUUCAAUCUGCAAUAGUUGCUCUUAUUGCUGAGAGAAAUCUAAAUGCCUGGAAACUUACACAUGAUAUUGAUCUCAUCUUUGUCAUCUAUGCAGCAUUCAUUGGGAGUGUGGUGAUAGUUGGUGUGUCUGCAUGGUGCAUACAGAUUAAAGGACCAGUUUUUUUUGCGAUGUUCAAGCCUUUAGGGAUUGCUAUUGCUGCCUUUAUGGGUUUCAUUUUUCUGGGGGAGACACUAUAUCUUGGAAGUAUUAUUGGAGCAGUCAUAAUUGUUGCUGGAUUUUAUGGAGUACUUUGGGCAAAGUCCAAAGAAAAGGAGGAUGAAGUUGGCAGUCCUCAUCAUAAGCUAGAGUCAUCAUCAGUAAAAACCCCUCUCCUGCACACCCAUUUAGAUGCAUAGAGAAUGUAUCUGGCAGCUCACAAGCAACUUGACAAAUCUGUGUUCGUAAUUUAGGAACAAUUGUAGUUAUUAUUUUUUUAGUAUAAUGUAUAUCAGUGACGAAACCUAAUUUUAGUAGUCCUAUAAUCCAUUUUAAAUCUUGACAUUUUGAAUGCUCGAGACAACAGCCCAAAAAAAGGAAGAAGAAAAAGAAGCAAGCAUA